ACGGGAGAAACAAAACAAGAGUAAACGCUAUUUUACAUUAACAAGUAUUUAAUCUUAUCCAAUUGUUAAUAAUUGUGUACUAUAACAAUCAAACACAAUGUUUCUUGCCACGUGGUUAUUAUCAGAUAUCUUGGCUACUGUGGUCCUUGUAGGUGCUGGAUUGUACCUUUAUUAUAAAUUGUACGUUUAUAAGUUUUGGAGUAAAAGACGAGUAUUUUAUAUCGAACCUACUUUCCCCGUUGGAAAUAUAAUGCCAAUCAUAACCGGUAAAACAUCACUAGCCGAGUUCUUCAGAGAUAAAUAUGAACAGAACAAACAGCAUCGUCUUGUUGGCAUAUACAUGCUUCAUAAACCAUUUUUACUUGUGAAUGAUCCUGAUCUAAUUCGAGAUGUACUAACAAAAGAGUUCUCAAAUUUUCAUGACCGUGGAAUAUUUUGUAACAAAGAAACAGAUCCAUUAUCUGGAAAUUUAUUUCAAUUACCUGGGAAGAAAUGGAGACACUUAAGAGUAAAAUUAACACCAACCUUUACUUCGGGAAAAAUUAAACAGAUCUUCCCAAUUUUAACAGAAACUGGAAAUAUGAUGGAAAAAUUUUUUAAUGACAAGGCACAAACCAGAUCAACAGUUGAUGUGAAAGAUAUAUUUUCAAGAUAUUCUGUGGAUAUUAUCAUGUCAGCGGCAUUUGGAAUAACGUGUAAUAGUUUUGAAAAUCCAAAUAACGAAUUUAUGUAUUGGGGCAAGAAAAUAUUUGAUCCGAAGCCUUUUUGGAAUGCUCUUAUUCUAUGGGCUCCACAGGUCUUUGAUAUGUUUUCUCUGUCAUAUAACGAGAAGGAUGUGACAAACUUCUUCACUAAUAUGUUUAAAGAAACUGUAGAGUAUAGACAAUCGCGUAAGAUUGAGAGAAAAGAUUUUUUAAAUCUAUUGAUUCAAUUAAUGAGAAAUGGGUAUGUCGAACCAGACGAUACUUCAGAGAACGUUAAUAUUUCAACCAGUAAAUUGCUAAUGUCGGAGGCUGCAGCACAAGCUUAUGUUUUCUAUUUGGCUGGAUUUGAAACAUCUUCGACUACAGCAACAUUUUGUUUAUAUGAAUUAGCAAAGGAUCAAGAUAUACAGAAUAAAGUACGCGACGAAAUACGAACACAGAUAAAAAAACAUGGUGAAUUGUCAUAUGCUGCCGUGCAGGAUAUGGAAUAUCUUCAUAAAGUAAUCUCUGAAACUUUAAGAAAAUAUCCCCCAGUUGUUAUACUGAACCGUGUUUGUACAAAAGAAACACAACUGAAAACAACAAACUUUAGCAUACCUGUGGGAACCUCCUUGGCGAUACCAGUUUUUGGCAUCCACCGAGACCCUGAUGUAUAUCCUGAGCCGAAUAAGUUCGAUCCAGAACGAUUUUCCGAAGAAAAUAUAAAAGCUAGACAUCCUUAUAACUAUUUACCAUUUGGCGAAGGACCAAGAAUAUGUAUCGGGUUAAGGUUUGGCUUGAUACAAACAAAGGUUGCUGUAAUAAAUGCACUAUUAAACAACAAAUUCAAACUUGCACCGGAUACACCAACUUCUUUAGAGUUUGAAGGGGGAACUCUUAUAUUAAUGGCAAAAGGAGGUGUCCAGUUAACAAUAGAACCACUCGGUUGUUAACAAGAUACUUUUGUUUUAAAGAAGAUAGAAAAAAGAACACGCCUGCUAAUUGCAAAUUUAAAAGGAAAAA